AUGGAGCCUUGCAGGGGUCGCCAGAGGGAGGGAGAGGGUCGGAACGAAGGGUCUCGGAGUCCGGAUUUCGACUGCAUGAUGAUUGAGAUGUUGACCAAAGUCAUCAGCCAUCUGCCCCUCCCCGACCGCCUCCUAAGCUCCACCGCCUCCCCAGCCUUCUCUGAGGCAGCAAGGUGGACUGUGCGAGGCGUGGCCAUCGAUCUGAGGCAGCGCAGCCGCGAUAUCCCCGCUCGCCUCCUGGCCGCACCGUCUGUCGUCACCGUCGCGUUGACCAGCCCCGCAGCCUGCACCGCCAGCGGCUCCCCGGCCGCGGCAGCCGCCCAGGCACACACCUGGGACCCAGAGGAGCAUCGGCUGUGGCAGCAGGGGGGGCGCAGGCUGCGCCCUGCGGCCGCGGCAUGGCACCUGAGGCGCGCGGCCGCGGCGCUGAGUGGUGGAAAGCGCGCUGGCCCGCCCGCCUCCCGUCCCCGGUCCCUCACCCUGCUGGUGGCGGCUCCCGAGAUGGACGCCACCGCUGCUGAGCUGCACCGCAUGCUGGCCACGGCCGGGGCAGAGGGCCUGUUUGCGGCGGUCAGCGUGCCGCAAGGCCUGGUGCGCCUCGACGGCAGCCUGGCGGCGCAGCUGACGGCGUGCAACACCCGGGCCGCCACGCUGCCGGCUGCGCUGCAGGCCCCCACCUGCUACUCCCGCCUGGAGCGCCUGGCCCUCAAGCUGGCCCCUGACGACGACCUCCCCACAGCCCUGGGCUGCGUCAGCGCCGGCACGCUGCCCGCGCUGCGCUGCCUGGCCCUGCUGGCGCCCGUCUCGGCGGGGGUGGCCGCCGACCUGCGCCCGCUGCGCCACGGCGGCCUCACGCGGCUGGACCUGCAGGGCGUGCAGCUGCCCGCCGGCUUUGCCAGCCUGCAGCAGCUCACAGGCCUGCGGGAGCUGAGCGUGCGGUACGACGAGGAGGACGAGGCCCCGCCCCUCAACCUGCAGGGCGACCUCGCCGCCCUCGCCUCCCUCAAGCAGCUCUCCGCCCUCUCCCUCGACGGCCUGGGCAGCGGCGCCGGCCUGGACUCACUCACCCAGCUGACGCGGCUGGCGCUGACGCCGCAGGCGGGGGCGCGCAUCGCGCUGCGCGGCCUCCCGCUGCUGCGCCGCCUGGCGCUCGACCUCAGCGCCGGCAGCUGCGGGCGGGACCUGCUGAGCGCGGCGCGCAGCAGCGUGCACGUGCCGGCGCAGGGCCACGGCCUGGGGUGCCUGCGGGAGCUGGAGCUGCGCUGCUUUGUGUGGCAGCACUGGGAGGCGGCUGGCAGCAGCGAGGCGGGCGGCGGCAGCAGCGGGUCCGAGAGCGAGUCGAGCGGCGACGGGGAUGGCUCUGUGGAGGGGAGCGAGGAGGAGGAGGAUGGCAGCAGCGCCGGCAGCUGGGAUGAUGACCAGGCGGCGGCCAGCAGUGCUGCCAGCAGCGGCAGCAGCAGCAGCAGCGACGAGGACAUGGAGGAGGCAGAGGCGGGGUCAGAGGCGGGGUCUGAGGCGGGGUCAGAGGGGGAUGAGGAGAUGGAGGCCGGGGGUGGCGCACACGCCGGUGGUGGUGGCGCAGCACCAGGCGAGGAGGAGGAGCAGCAGGCCGGGCUGCUGGACGCCAGCUGGGGCUUCCUGCAGCGCCCGGGCGGCGGCGGCGCCGGGCAGCACCUCCACCCCAUGGCCUCCCUGGAGCAGAGGUACCUGGCUGCCCUCACCCGCCUGCUGCCCACCCUGACCCGCAUCCAACUCACAGACUACAUGGGCUGUGUGGACCCCUCAAUCCUCCUGCCACCUGCCCCGCCAGGCAGCAAGCCCGGCGCGCAGACAGCAGCACCGCCCGCCCACGCCGCCGCCGCUGCCGGCAAGGAGGUCGCCGGCGGCGGCGGCGGCAGCAGGGCUGGGACACCCGCCCUGCUGCUGCAGCAGGGGCAGGGCGGCGCGACGGCCAGCAGCCUGGCGGGCUGGCAGCGCGCCGUGGCAGAGCUGCCUGUGCCGGGCGGCAUCAGCCAGUUUGAUGUCACCUACCAGCGCUGA